UUCUGCGAUACAGCCAAGGUGAGAGCAUACUGGACAACGAAGUGUUCAGAAGUGUUUGUACAAAUUUGUCUUAAAGUGUUUAAUUUUUCUGUUACAAAAAAUAUAGUACCAGGAAGCAAGUUACGGUCAUAAGACGAUGGGGUGUCUCCAUCCCCAUGUUCUACUGAUCUUCCUGUUGGUCAUUCCUCUUAGACUGAUUUGCAGUUGUGAAGUCAAGAAUGCUACCAGCCAUUGUUUUAUAGAAGGAGAGAAAGAAGAUAUUUCACAAGGGAAUACGGAAACACUUAAAUUUGACGAAAGGAAUCAUGAAGCUUUAUCAAAAAUUCGUGGUAAAGAACGAUUAUUUGAGCAACAACUGGAGGACUUCAUUCGAAGAAUUCUGGAACACGGAAUACCGGAAUAUGGUAUUCCUCAGUUAGACCCUUUUGUGUACACGGGUAACAUCUCCAUUGGUGAAAUUGACUUAUCAGGCAUGAUGACAGUGGAGAACGUUGAACUGGGAGACUUCGAAAUCACAGGACUUAGCAGUUUUAUAAGAAAUGCACUGUCGUUACAGUUGGCUAAUCUUGAAAUCGUGUUCAAUUUAACUUUUCCAUUACAAGUGAAAGCUAAUUACAUUGACUUCAGUGUCAUCCUUGGGGACACCAUCCCCUUCUACGGAGGUGGAACAGCGAACCUAAAUAUCGAUCUACGUUUGGAAGGCUUAAUCGCUAUCGGAUCAACAGAAGACGAAAUCAUCUACAUAGAAACUUUAUUAGCCGACAUCUUUUUUGACUCUUUGAAGGUUGAAAUAAGUAGUUUGAUGGGGUAUACUGGUGGUAAGACAAAUGACGUAUUUAACAGGCUCAUCGAAGAAAUUACACCAGAACUAAUUUACCUGAUGAAGCCCAUGGUGAUCGAUGGAAUCCUUGAGUCUAUUCUCGAAGUCGUUAAUGGUUUCCUCUUACCGCUAGGACUUACUUGGACGGAUAUAGUGGGUUGUCUCUUGGGUAUUGGAGAAUGCCCGAUUCCUUUGCCGUGAAGCCUGUGGACAGGCAGGAGUUAUGUGUCACUUCUAGCUAGGAAUAUAUUCUUGUAUUAAAAUAAGUAUAACUUUUAGAAGUGUUUUCUGACAGUCUUUUUACUUAAGCAAUUUGUAUCUUCAAAUGGGAUUUAAUAUUUAGGUCAGGGACCUUUUAUUUGGACGUCUAAUUAUGUUUAAAUUUUUAUGGUGGACUACAUUUUCGAACGACACCAAGUAGUACUAAAAAUGGUGGAUUACAAUGAUUGUUGAUCAUCUUUUGGACUUUAUCCAUUGCACUAUAUUCUGUUAUCUAACGGGUCGAACGAAACACGUAAGCACGUUUCACCUGAUGAUGGAAGGAGGUUCUGUUCCCGAAACUUGGUGUUAUGUUUGUACAGUACAGAACGAUGAAUAAAGUACAGAAAAUUAUGACUAACAGGCCACAACAUUUUCUCCGUCACCAAAAUAUACUAUAAGCCACUCAGCAGCUGGGGUCUGCAAGUUGUGCCUAAGGAGUCCGCAAAUUCAGCAGAUUCUAGAGAUGGCUGUCUUCUGGGUUGUUUCGCCGUGUAGUCUGGAUGAAGUUACUAACGUUUCAGAGGUCCUUGCUGCCUCCAUUACCGCUCACCAACGUCUCAUGGGCUUCAACAAAUCACGAAGUUAUUCGGUACAUAGUUGGUGUAUCGUAAAUUUCUUAAUUACUUCACUCACCCUACACACGUUUUGUUAAAGUAUUUUUAGAGCCUAAUUUAAGAUCUCUUCUCAAAGUGCGAGAAAUUUACAACUCAUAAGAUUACUGAACAAUUUAUAGGGAUAGGUAUGUUCUAGUGCAACAGUAAAUUUAUGUGAAAAGUGUCGUUAAAUAAACUAUAAAUAAAUACACAGCGAA